AUGUCGCACACCAUCCCAGAACAGUUCAAGAAGGCGUCAGGACAAUGCCAACGCAAACUCGACCCUGCGCCGCUGGACGAUAUCACCUCCGAUGGGGGGCACUACAAGCCCUCUGGAAAGCUUGAAGGCCGGAAAAUCAUCAUUACGGGAGCAGACAGCGGGAUUGGAAGGAGCAUAGCGCCACUCUUUGCUCUAGAGGGCGCCGACUUGACCCUGACAUAUCUUCCUGAGGAGAAAGAAGACAUUCAAGAGAUGGUCGAUCUCAUCAGCAAGAAGACGCAGGGCGAACGAGUGAUCCUCACUCUCGAAUGUGACCUCCGCAAAGAAGACGUUUGCGCGCAAAUUCUCAACCAUGGCACCCAGAAUGCGAACAAGUAUUUGCCCACGUUGCCGACCGAGCAAUGGCAUGAAGUCUUCGAUACCAACAUUCAUUCCUUCUUCUACUUGACCAAGGCGGCCGUGCCUCGGCUAGAACCGGGGUCUUCAAUCACUUUCAAUGCCUCCAUCAACUUCGCUGUCGGCCAUCCCGAGCUCACCGAUUACACGGCUACCAAGGGGGCUAUGAUCGGGUUCAUGCGUGCGCUCAGCAACCAAAUUGUCGGCGAAAAAGGCAUUCGUUGCAACGCCGUGGCUCCAGGUCCGAUCUGGACGCCACUCGUGGCAGUGAUACUUCGCGCGUUGUGUCCAGCUACCAUGAGCAAGGAGUCUCUCCACAACUUUGGUACAUCUGUGCCCAUAGGUCGUGCAGGGCAACCUAUUGAAGUCGCCACUGCGUUUGUGUAUCUUCUUCUGUAG